UGGUACCUGGGGAACCUGCACCCCAGGGCAACAGAGCAGAGGCCAGGCCUGGGUCUCCUCCCGUGUCCCCGUAUCGGGGCCCAGAAAAAGGGGUGGAAGCUGCCUUUGCUUCCAGCUUCCCCAGGCCGGGUUCCAGCAGCGCCUGGCUCCUCCAGCCCCGGGCGCUCGCCCUCCCUCCUCCCCUAGCAACCGGGAGGCCGUGGGGAGGCCGCGGGGAGCCCAGGUGCCCCGGCGACCGCAGUAGGGAGCCACCCCGCGAGCUCGACUGUCGCAGCGCCAGCGCGCGCGGGGCCCCACGCACCCACCCUCUGCACCUGCCGCGGGGUCUAAAAGGGAUCCUACAAAAAUGAACCAUUCUCACCCCGCUGGAUUACUUGCAGCAUAUGAUAGCCUUACGGAUAAACACCUGGCUGGGUAUUUUAACAACACAAGGAUAAGGCGGCAUCUCUUGAAAUCAGGGCUGAUCACAAGAAGUGGAAGAAUACUUUCUGAAAAAGAAUACAAACUAAAUAUCAUGAAGCGAGAUCACCAAAAAUAUAUCCGGGAGUGCUUAGCCCAGGCUAUUUUCCAUAAGGUUCUUGAUAUGGAGCGUUACCAUCAGCUUGAAAUAAAAAAGAAAUUGGAGACCUUAGCUAGGAAGGAGAGAAUUCAGAGAUUUAAGGGAGAGCACACAAGACGAUUUAUUGAAAAUAACAUGCCAAGCCUGUCUCCCCACCCCCCAGUUGGCCCAAGGACUAAUCGUGGCCAUAGUGUUCUGGUUGAUGAAGGACAUUCCAGUCCAUUAGCACUGACAGCCCCUCGACCAUAUACUGCCCCAGGAAAUAUGCAGCCUCCAAUUCGAUUACAGCCUCUUCCCAGUAAUCCUGCAGUGGGAACUGUUCCAAAGAUAACUUCGGGGUCCAGAUCAAAAACCUCAUUGCUGGAAAGUGAAGCUCCAUUUCCUAUUGGGGGCAAGAAGGCAGUGAUGAAGUUCAGGAACUCCACAGGCAAUUCACAGAGAAUGAAUCCAUAUCGACUUCCAAACAUUAACAGUUACAUGAUACCUAUUCCUCCUCCACUUCCUCCCCCAAAUGGAAAAAUCACAAGAGAAAACAGAUCAGAAACAUGGAGAAGGAGAACAUUUCGUCCAACCACUGCUCCAAAUGGCUUAGAACCUCUCUUUACCAGGGAUUCAAGAAGUAUUUAUAAAACAUCACUGCAUAGUAAUGCAGCUAUUACAAUGAUCUAUUUGGGGAAAAAUGUACAUCUAUCUUGUGAUAAACCAGACUUCCGGGAUGAAAUACAAGUUUAUCAGCAGCACUGUGGUGGGGAAAAUCUUUGUGUCUACAAAGGCAAACUACUUGAGAAAGAGACCUUUCAGUUUAUUUCCAAAAGGCACCAUGGUUUCCCCUUCAGUCUCACCUUUUUCCUCAAUGGGAUGCAGGUGAAUAGGUUAAGCUCCUGCUGUGAAUACAAGCACCGAAAAGGUUCCAGACUUGGAGGCAAACGAGGAUACUUUGGAUUUGUGUGUGUUGAGAGAUCAUCUCCUUGCUACAAGUGCAUUAUUGCAAUGGGCCUUGAUAAAAAAACAUCUUUACCAAAACUUCGGAAAGAAAAGAGCACUGAGAAAAGAGUGGAACCAAGGAAGGGUGAGGGGAAGGCGAGGAAGGAUGGAGAAUACGUGACACCAAGAAAAAAUGAGAUGGAGGGGGACAAAACCUCUGUCUCAGACAGUUUUUUAGCUCAAGAAAUAAAAACUGGGGUCAGAGAAGUGAGAACUGCUAUGGAAGAAAUGGAACAUAAAGGAAAACCAGGUCAAGAUGUUUGGGAAGAUGACCUGGGAAAUACUUUAAAAUAUGAAUAUGAAGAAGAUUUUGAAGGAGAUGAGGAGAAACUCUAUGAGAAAGCUAAUGAAGAAGGACAGGCUGAUGAUCAAAUGAAUGGAAUAUCAAAGUCACCCUCAGAUGAUGAAAAAGAUAAUUUAGACCCUGAAAAGGAGAGUGAAACCUCAUCAGAGAAGGCACCAGAUGCCCAUGACAAUGUGAGAGAUGAGGAUGAUGGAUGCUCGCAGAGUGACUCGGAAGAGGAUAAACAAGAUAUAAAAACUACUUCAUUAGCCUCAUUCAGAAGUCAGCCCUAUUCUAGUGGCAGUGAGGAUGAAUCUGCAGUAGGAGACAGGGAAGCCCACGCUGAAAACAGUGCAGAAGAAAGUGCCAGAAGUUCAUCUGCUCAGGAGCUGAGUGAAAAUGAUGAGCCAGGAAAAUCCCACCUUCCAACUGAGGAAUCCUUAGAAAUUGAAAUUGAAGAACAAAAAGUAACAAAAGCAGAUGUGGAGACCAAACCCCUGCCAAUAGAGGCAAGCUUUGAGAACAUGCUUGAGGAAGAAAUGGAGAAGGAAACCCAAGGGAUUGCAGAGAGUUUAUCUAAGAAGUCCAGGAAACAUGUGUCCGAGGAAGAAAAGGAAAAGGAUGAGAGUAAGCUGUGGGAAGGAAGCGCUGCUAACGUGAAGGACAAAAAGGCAGGUUUCCCUGGGGUGGAGAAAGGUGCUGGACAGAUAAUAACUGAAGCUGUGGCAUCGGGCUGCCACAGCCACUAUGACACUGAGUCUGGUGUUAGCAGCGCAGAUGAGGAGUGGAAGCCCUCGAGGAAGCUGGAGAUUGACACAGGUGGAGCAUCAAAUAAGAAUUUAGUGGAGGAAAGGGCAGCAGUCGAGUCAAACCAGGAACCCAAGCAAGUUGCACAAGAAAUGUAUACGCUGGAGAAGAAAGAAGCAGUGGAGGAGGAUGGAGCUCCUCAGCACAGAGAUGCUACAGUAGAGGGAAAAAGAGAUGGAGCCCUGUGGGGAGAAGCGGGCGUUGAGGAGGUCCCCUUGGGGGAGGGAAAGGCAGCAGCAGAGCAGCCAGCGUUAGCAGAACAGCCUGCAGAGGAAAGAGACAGCCCUCCAGCCAUAGCAAGUGGGGCGGAGGCAGGGGCAGAAGCAGAAGGGGCAAGAAGGCUGUGUAAGGAGGGGUUAGGCCCCGCAGGAGACGCGGUGGGUCUGAAUGAAGGUGAGGCUCCGGGAGAGCAGGCCGUGGUGCUAACCGUGCCUGAGACGGCGGAGGCAGCUGCUGGAGGGGAAGAAGGGGAACAGGGUGUGGAGAAGGCAGCGCUUUCAAACAAGGCAGCAGCGCUGAACUUGAAGCAUCUUCAGGAGGCGGCAGCAGCCCCGAGGGAGGCAGGGACGCCAGCGAGGAGAGAGGCUGAGAGAGGGGCGGCUGGGAGCCAGGCAGGGUCCCAAAAGCCAGAUGCGAAGGGAAGUGAAGAGGAAGCAUCCACAGACCUCGAGGCCAGGGGACCCAUGGAAGACUCAGCAUCCGAAAGAGACGACGGUUCUGAAGAGGCGGCUCCUGGGGGUGAGGAAGCAGCCAGAGAGAGGAAGGAAGGUGUGAGGACAGAAACGCCUUGGAGCCCCGCGGCGGGACAGGCAGCCGCCAGCGGGACGCGGGGCUCAGAGGGCAGCCCUGAAGCCCUCCGUGAGGAAGACGCAGAAAAGGAGGAGACUGUGACUGCGACUGAGGCAGAAUCCAACAGGGAAGAUGGCAGGAAAGGAACGUUACCUGAGGAAGUAGCUGUAGCGAGAGAGAGGAGGAAAGCUGAGAGGCCGAAAACACCUCUGAGGGAAGCCGAAUCUGAGAGAGAAGAGGUGACAAGGGCAAACGAACUUAAGGAUGCAGACGAUUUAGAAGAGCAAAAACCUAAAGGGGAAGAGGAGGAAACAGCGAGGGAAGACAGAUCUGAGGAGGACACAAGAGCCACCCCAAAUGAAACGGAAUCUGACGCUGAGAGUGCAGCACCGGAGAAGCCAUCCGAGCUGUCUGGAGACCCAGGGCUUCCAGAAGAUUCACUAAGAGAGAGAGAGGUUAACAUGUUUGAAGCCGUAUCUGGGUUUGAAAAGCCACUGGAAAACAUAACAGUGACAGUUCUCAGGAAAGAAGGAGGACGGGGGAGGCCGAGCGAGGCCGGCGACACAGGGCGCGGGGGCGGCCGGGCAGAGCUGCGGGGCAGGGAGGACGCGACCCCGGGGGACAGCAGCCCCGGCGGGGCCGCGGGGGCCGCGGGCGCUCCUGCCCGCGAGCCGGGGGGACAGCGACAGGCCCCUGCGGGGGAGGUGUCCACCCCAGGUGCGGUGGAGCAGCCUGAGGCCAAGGACCAAGACUGCCUCGCGGGGCUGGAGGGGACGGACGGGGGAGCGCCUCUGCAGGUGCGGGAGGGCGUGGGGAUCAUGACAACGGCCCAGGAAGAUGCUCCCGAGGGCGAUCCCAUGGUGGCAGGAAAGCUCAGUGAGGAAGGGGUGGAGGAGGACCCAGAGGGGCAGGAUAAAGAGCGCACUCUGGGGACGGGGGUGACGCAGGACAGGAACGCAGAGGGGGCCCGGGGCUCGGGAGGAGCCAAGGCUGUGGAGCUGCACCAAGGAGGAGGAGGAGGAGGAGGAGGAGGAGGAGGAAUGGCGGCAGAGGCCGCUGCGGAGGAGCGGGAGGUGUUGGCAGGUUCCCGGACAGCUGAAGGGAGAACAACAGCCCAUAAAGCCUCCUCCUUUUCAGAUGUCGCUGGGGAAGAAACUUGGCACCAAGAGGAUGGGUUCCUAGGCACAACGGCAGCUGCAGAGCGGGUGGCGGUAGAGGAGUUAGCGCUGCCCAGCAGGGAGGGGGCGCCAGCGGUGGAGGAGGUGACAGUGACAUCAACACCAGAGGGUGGGGUGGGACGUCCCCAAGACCCUUUGGCUCUGGAAGGGAAGGCCCCAGGGCAAGGACAGGACCAAGACGGAGGGCCAGCGCGGGAGAGGGCAGCGAGCAGGAGUGGCGAUGGGGCGCAGGAGCAGGGAGCGGCGGAAGGACCCCAAAUAGCAUUGUCACCGGAGAGACAGCGACCACCGAGCAGAGAGGGUCUACAGGAGGAGGUGGCAGCACUUCCUGUGAACCCCGAUUUCGCUGGAACACAAGAGAAGCAAGAGCGUACGGUGCACAAAAGUGAGGAUGCAGAUGAUAUUUUAAAGAUGUCUUCUGGAAGACAUAAAGAACUUCUGGAGAAAGAUUCACCCAAUCAUCUCACCAGGACUUGAGAUUUUAUCUGUUUUUCUUUUUUUUUAAUCACUGUUUGUCUGAGGUGGUUCUCAGUCUGUCAGUGCUGGUCGGUAGCUCAGUAAGCACUCUGGGACUAGCUCAGGUAGAUAUGCAGGACCCCCCACAGGAGCCAUGGCUCCUAAUGGAGAACGGUGAGGCUCUCACACAUUCUAUAUGGCUAUAUUUGUCUACAUUCAAAUACAAAUGAUAGCUUUCAAAUGUUUGACUUUUACCAAAGAUCACCAAAAGGCCCAGUCCUGAUGUCUGGCGUUUGUUUAAAUUCCUUUUUAUUUUACAAUUCCUAGUCUCAGUUUCAUAGCCCCGAUCCAUUCCAUAAUCCUGAUUUCAUAUAUGGGAGUUUUAUUUACAACUUGUGGCUUGGGGCUUUAAUGACUUGGCCUGUGAAAAUGAGCUCUAAAGGUCCUUCCAAGUACACUCAAGACUAAAGAUUGCUGCAGAGCUCUAAGUCCUUCCAGAAAAGGACUCCAUGGCAUGUAUAUUCACUUAUACUUACAAAUAUUCAUUCUUUUUAUGUAUGCCAGAGAGUAAUUUAAAGUAGAAAUCUUCACUCUAUCCUGGGGAACAAAGUGAGACUCUGUCUCAAAAAAAAAAAUAAUAAUAAUAAUAAAAAGAAAGAAAAAAAAUAAUAAAAUUUAAAUAAAUAAUUAAAGUAGAAAACUUAUUUCCAAAUGCCCUUUGGUUUUGUGUGUGUGUUUCUAUAGUUCUGCUUUCUGAGGUAGACUAGAAAAAUGGCAGCUUCCAUUUUGUCCCUGGGGGCCUUAUUUAUAGGGCCACUCAAAUUUAAAUCAAAGUAGUAAAUAAUUCAGCUGAGUGGAAUGAGUAUAAUAGUUAUAGCAGGUAAACAGCGCAUCCACACAUAUGCCAACAGUCUAGACUCUGGUUGAUGUCAUUCAUGGCAAAGAAACCUGGAUUAAAUUAGUGUGCUGCUCACCUCCCCAAGUUCUGUUAUUUCAAAGCCAUGAACAACCUUGCAGUCCACUGUAAAUCAACAGUCACAAUUACUUUCUAAAUUACCCUGAUAUUAUUUUCUAGUUGUGCAUCAGCCUGCCUCCUAGGAGUUCUGAUUUCCUUGAAGACAUACCAGUGCCCCACGGGGCACUUGUCUAUCUUUUCUCUAUGUGAGCAGGUGAAAGAAUUUCCUAAACCCGGACAACACAUUUGACUUUCUUAAAUGGCUCAACCCUUGGCCCCACACUAGAGAUUCAGAUUUUCAGAUUUCAUUAGUUUCAUAUGGGCCUACACACCAGUGUGUGUAUAUAUAUACAUAUAUAUUUUUUUUAACUUGUCUCGUGAUUCUUCUAUGUAGCCAAAGUGGAGAAUCGCUGCCCUAAAUCAUCACAUACUUAAUGUCCCUAGGGACCAGGCAUAUAAUUGUUAGAAGUUUUUUUUUUUUUUCAUUCUGAUGAAUAAUGGAGCCAUUCAGUGAUCAAAGAUAUACUGUUUUAGACAUAAUGAACCAGACAAAGGACUGGUCCCUUGACCAGGAGCAUCAGCAUCACCUGAAACUUGUUCCUGGUCUCUUCUCCUACCUAUUAAAUUAGAAACCGCAGGUGGGACCUACAAAUUGGAGUUUUAAUUGGUUUAUCCAGGUAAUUAUGAUGUACACUAAAAUCUGAAAACUGCUGUCAUGGACUAUAAUUAUACCGAGGAUUAAUCUCAGAAAGUGGAUUGCAAAGCAUUGUGAACUUUCUUUUUGUAUGCCUUUGUCUUUCUCUUUUUUCUGUCUCUUUUGGUUUAUCUAUUUCUCUCUUUCUUUCUUUCUCCAAGAAAUGGUAUUCACUAUAAAAGUGGUGAAGUUAAUCUUAAACUCAUUUUUAUUAUGAUUAUAUGGAUAUAUAUAUGAAGUCCUCGUGUUCUACCCCUAUUUAAGGAUAAGUAUUACUCAUUGCACAUUAUAAAUCUCCAUCACUCUUACGGUUUUGAGUGGAUUGCAUCUACAUUACAAUUAAUUUCAUUUAUUACUGAGCUGUAUUACCGUGGAGCUCUAUAGUAUCUGCUUCCUGAUUUCAACCUCAAUGCUACAGAGCACUUUGAAUGCAUAGCACCUUAUAGGACAGAUUGUAAACUUGUUAAUCCCAUUUAAAAAUGAGCUUUGUACAAUGUGCUAAAUGGAAAUUGCAUUGAAUUAUUUUUAUAUUUAACAUAUUCCAUCAAAACAUUCUGUAACAUAAUUCUACAACCUGCAUGUGGGUUUAACUGUGAAAUUCAGUGUUGUGAUAUUUUGACUAAGUGAAUUAUUUCUCUGCAAAUACUAUGUUGAUAAAAUUAUUUAUAUGUUCAACUCAACUGAUCUUCCUUAGUUUCUUCAGUAUUAAAAGCAUAAAUAAAUCAUAUAUUUACA